AUGUUCGAAUUUUUUCGAAACACAUUUGCCCAAACGAGGAAGAAGGACAUCGAAUCGAUGGAAGGCAGCCAGCAGCAGUACCCGGUGUUGCCGCCCCACACCGUGGCCAAGGCGGUCGUGGUCUUCGUGCAGGGCGUGCCCUUUGCGGAUCUUGAGCAGCAGCACAGCGAGGGGCUCGACCGAUUGGCACAGCUGGGUUGCAGCGGUCGCCUCUUCCCUCGCCUUCUUCCGCGGGACGAGCUUGGCGAGCUGCUGCAGAUCCUGGGCAUCUACGGCUCGCUCUACGACGCCGAGGGCAAAGGCCCGUUCUUGAAGGAUGACGUGAGCUUCGCCUCCCUCUACAAGAAGUUCGGCAGCCUCAAGCUCGGCCUGCUGUCAAACGACCCCGAGGUUGUUGCUCUCGGCGAGAGCCUCCGCGUGCCCGUCGUGGUGCACCUCCAGAGCGGCGGCGAUGUCGAAGAAACCACCCGACAACUGGCCGCCGCCCAGGAGCAGGUCGACCUGGCCUUCGUGCACGUGAAGGCCACUGCAGACUUCCCCGCGCUCGCGCUGGCCGACCAGCUGGUCGCCCGGCUGCUCACCACCAAGGAGAAUAAGAAGCCCCUCGUCUCCGUCAUCGCUGGCCACUCCUCUCCCGCGAGCGACGAGCCCAAGCCCAACUCCAAGCUCUACUACCCCGUCCAGAGCGCCGCCGUCAUCGAUGGCAAGACGUCUCCGCUACUCCCGGCUGGCCAUCUGGCGACCUACUACCACGAGGGAUCGACGCGAAGGGACGACGUCCAGCGAUUCACCGAGGCCGAGGUCAAGAGCAAGGGUGCCAAUGGGAACAUCGCCGCCGAGCAGUUCGUGGCCGAGCUGGCCUUCAAGUUGGGCAAAACGCCUAAGUACGGCGCCUGA